AAAGGCUUGUAAGCGGGAUGGGGCACACUUCUUUGAGAGUUAGAGAAUCUUGUGCAAAGGAGCAUGAAACUCUCGUUAUUUUUUGCUGUCAUUACUUUCACAGGUGCCUCUGGGUAUGCAGAGUCAAUAACACUGACAACAACAGAAGUCACAAGCACUACGAGGACAACACCAAUAACUGAAAUGAAAAGCUUCUCCGUUACACGUGCAAUCGAAACUGCCACCCCUACAGCAAGCCCACCAAGGAUUCUAACUACUAGAAGAUCAAUGGCUACAACCAAGGCUCGAGCUACAGGAACAUCACUGGCUACAACCAAGGCUCAAACGAACACCAACUUCACGACAGAAACGAGCACCAACUUCACGACAGCCAUUUCAAAUGGCACAAGUACGCCACGCCGCAGAGAAUAUGGAACAUUCGUUGACCGGAUUGGCUGCGUAUACAGAGUUUUCCAGGCACACAAAAAGUUGUACUUAUCUAAUUGCUUUGCUUUGUGUCCUGGCCAAGCCUAUAUUGUCCCCAACACCAUUCCUUGUCUUCAGCUCGUCAACAGCGCUGAAGAACGAGGGCGAAACUCUUCCAGAAUAUGCCGAUGGGGUAUAUGCGUCUACGGUACUUGUAUAGCUGGUACAAAAACCACAAAAUGCAGAUCGCCUAAAAGGCGUAGGCGCAGAGGGCGGAACAUUGUGCCACGUUUUGGUUUCAUUGAGAAUUUUGGAAUGAAGGAUCAUUUCGAAAAUUGAAAACAUUUUUCAAUAAAUUCGUUUCAUUAUGCAUA